AUGUUUAAUGCGAACGAUGCCCGUCGUUACCCGGGCUUCUUCACGAGAACGUGGACCCCGCCGCCUGAUGGCUUUUCUCUCAGGAAUGCACGAAGUCGACGUUCGGGUGGUGCCACCUUUGCCCACGCAACGCCCCCGCCGUUGACGCCGCGCCUCGCCACUCCAAUAGGCGUGAGGGGCCUUGCAGCGACCGACAACUUGGGGCGUCUUGGACUCUCACAGGCGUUGCCGGAAGAUGUGUCUGGCAGCCGUGCGCUUGUGGGUAUGUCUCGCGAGGAACCCGACAUCUCACCACACAUCAGCACCCUCGACGUCAGUGGCUCGGGUAGGUUCACGUCCACGCAUGCCAGCCGUCAUGGUUGGGAGGAUAUGCCACAGGGGGAGAGAAUGAAUUAUGCCGCUCGUCUUGAAGAUGAUGUGGC